GAAACCAUACGACGAUGACGAUGAAGAAGAUGAUGAUGGUGAUGAUGGCGAUGGCAGUCAUCUGCCACACUGCCAACGCCAUCUCCGCGACCGCCAACCACAUCUUGGUCAAGGAGGAGGCCAAAUGCCUGGAGCUGAAGAAGAGCAUCGAGUCGGCUUCGGACGUUCUCAGCAAGUUCCAAGAAGUCGCCAAGGAGCACAGUACCUGCCCUUCUGGCAAGAACGGAGGGUCGCUGGGUGAGUUUGGGCCGGGUCAGAUGGUCAAGGAGUUUAAUGAUGUUGUUUUCACCACCGGCAAGGUCGGCAAAGUUGAAGGCCCCGUGCAGACUCAGUUUGGUUAUCACUUGAUCUUGAUCACGAAACGAGGCAACGAAGCCAUGUAACUUGUCUUAUCUUCAUCUCCUUUUUCUUCUCGUAAGGCUUGCUGGAGGUCCUGAUAGUAAAAGACUCUAUUUU